CGUCGGGGCAGUUUAACCAACACUGUUGUUCGACACAUUUCGUGGAGUCUGUUUCGUUGUUGUCGUUCACGUAAUACGCCGUGUAUGUCACGUGACCGUAGAAACCCAGGGGUCGAAUCGUGCGGGUUAACCCACUUCCUCCAGCUAGCCGUGCAUGCUAGCUGCAAACAAAAGGGACGCGGAAGUUAGCAACAACAAAGCAGCCAAGCGUCGGGAUCGUGUGAAAAUGUGUCAAGUCCAAAUGCUGAGAGCGUUGGUGAAUCAGCGACUAACUGCGGCUGUUGAAGAAAUAUUUGUAGUGUUGGAAAGAACCAUAGCAGAGUACGAGGAGGAACUUUCUCGAACAAAAGAGGAGAACGAGCGACAACGUCAACUACUGGACGCCGUUUUCAGGCCACGAUUGGAGUCGCAGGGAGCGGACGUCGGUGAGGAAGAUGUCCCCCCUGAGCGGCAGGAGCGCCAGCCCCCCCGCAUUAAAGAGGAGAAGGAGGAGGCUGACCCGGGCAAGUUUCCAGUCACUCGAGUGGUCGUGAAGAGCGAAGAGGACGAAGAAGAAGCCCGGCGCUCAGCGCUGGAUCACGGUCAAGGCGAGAAGACGGGAAGAUCAGAAGCAGACAGCCUCUUGGCGCCGCUAUCAGAUAGCGACGACGCCACGUCGCGCUCCCCCGACACCGACGACGAAGACUCGAAAGCGGACAUGGCGUCACGUCACGGUGACAACAAACGCUUUAAAUGCUCCCGUUGCCACAAAGCCUUUGCCCACAGGAAGAACUUGCGAAGACACAUGAGGUGUCACACGGGAGAGAAACUCAUUUCCUGCUCCUUCUGCAGCGAAAGAUUCGCACAGAGGGAACAUUGGAUAGCGCACACAAAAGUCCACGCCGGAGAGAAACCCUUUUCCUGUUCCGUGUGCGACAUGACCUUUAGAUUUCAGUCCACGUUUGUGAACCACAUGAGAACGCACACCGGUGAGAAACCGUUCGCCUGCUCCGUCUGCAGCAUGAGCUUCAGCGUUCAUUCGUCUCUGUUGAGACACAUGAGGUCGCACACCGGGGAGAAACCCUUCGCAUGCUCGUUUUGCGGUAAAAAAUUCCCCAGGAAGAUGAGUUUGAAGGAGCACACGAGAAUACACACCGGAGAGAAACCCUUCUCCUGCUCUGUCUGCAAGGCCAGCUUCAGGUUUCAGUCCAAACUGGUGAACCACAUGAGAACCCACACCGGCGAGAGACCGUUCUCCUGCUCGGUGUGCCAGAAAACCUUCACUCAAAAGGAGCAUCUGAGGAUCCACAUGGUGACGCACAGCGGAGAAAAAGCCUUUUCCUGCGCCGUCUGCCGUCAGAGAUUCUCGGCCAAGAGCAGUUUGGUCACGCACAUGCGGACGCACACCGGGGAGAAACCGUUCAGCUGCAACGCGUGCGACGAGAAGUUCUCCUACAAGUAUCAGCUUUGCAAACACGCGUGUCCCGGCGGUGAAAGCAGCAGCGGUCAGACGCGCUUGACCUCUUAGACGCCGUUUUUAUUUGGGUCUGCGUCUGGCGUGCACAAGUCACAUGACCGCGCCGUGUGCUCUUAAAUAAAAGCACAUCUGUCAAAUGUGACGAUCUUGGCGCCCGCUAAGAAAGUGUAGACCGAAGUCUGACUUUCUGGUCCUGUUUGAUGCCUCAAGAAACAAAACACAACGACUUAAAUACGAGUAGAAAUAAUACUACAGUACUACAAAAGUACCUCUGGUGAUACCAGGGCAGAGACUGAAGGGAAAGGGGGGUCUGAUCGCUAGUUCCAUGCGUCCCAGUUUGGACUGCCAGCGAGGUCCCAAGCACCAUGUUGAGAUAGUUUGGUCCUGAUGGGUUUCAGUCUUUCAUUUCCAGAUUAAAAAUGAGUAACAACCCAGAAACAAAUGUCUAUUGUUCACGUCGU